GGCAUCGCACUGCUCAUUGGGGUCUUUGCAGUCUACAUGUACAAUAUUCUGCAUUGCUCUCUCACGUAUAUAUACACAGAGGGCUUUCUAUCCGUUUUGUUAUAAAACUCCGGGGCUUCGCGUGGCUGCUUACGGCCACACGAGCGUGUUGUUUUCUCUUUCUAUUACAGUUCCUUUUUUAAAUUUUUAUUUUCAACCGUCUAAUUGAACCUUGUGUGUGUUUGUGUGUGUGGAAAUCUCAGCGUGGGAGAUUUUCCCACUCUCGUUCUCUGUUUUUCUUGUUUUCAAUGCAAUUGCCUCCAUUAUUAUCCUUUUCCUGCUUGCCGUAGAGCCCCCUUUUUGUUCACUUCCGUGCGGUGAGGACUUGGCGAAGGGAAGUCGCGGAGGAUCGAGACACAGCCCAGACGGUGUGCUGUUCUCCGUUUUCUCUUCUUUCUUUUUUUUCUUUGGUUUAUAAAUCAAUAUAUUGAUAUAUAUAUAACCGUGUAGUGGUGUUACUCUUGUUUUCUUUCUUGGUUUCGCUGCUUGACAUACCUAGUGUGUAAAUACAUAGGACUGCCUGUCUGUUUUCUUUUCGGUUUUUUCCCUCCUCUCCCCUCUUUUCCCCCCUUCGGAUUGUGCACGCGACAGGGUGAAUAGGAGGAGGCAGCUGCAUAUAGAUUUCAAGCAGUGGGGUCGGUGUAAGAGCCUUAUUAUUAGUAUUAUUCUUAAUUUACAAACGAUUAGUACUAUUAUUUUCUGGCUUAUUGUCGCAAAGUUUUGCUGAUUGCUCGGCGAGAGAGUAGCGGGGGGAAAGGAAAAAGAAGGAAACUCUAAGUCGUCGCAGUUAUAGGAGAAGCCGAGACAGAGCCGCUGAAUAACCUCUGCGCAAACAACCAAAACCAAGAAAACGGCGACAACCACACACUCACCUCUUUCUUUUUCAAAUGCUUUUGAAUACAUCCUUUGUUCACGCUUCUCUUCCUGCUGCUGCUGUGCUUCACGGGGCGGUGCAAACGUAAAAAGGAGAAAAUCAGGAAAGCAUACACUCGGAUAAGAGGCAUUAAGACCCGCUCCACACGCCAUGCCAGUGCCACCACGCCAACCACCGGCCGAUAUGGCCAGGGAGUCGAGCUCCGGGCCCAGCUCGCCACGCGCGACACCGUCCCUCGCCGGCUCCCCGACAGGACAUGAGCGUCGCAACGGCGGUGGAGCCCGGCUGGGGGUGACAAGCUCGCGUGGGGGCCGUCGGCACGUCCGGGCACGCGUCCUCCCCCGCACGGACUCCGCCGGCUCCCUCACCUCCGCAAGCGCGGGCUCGCCGAUCAGCUUGCUUCCCGGCGACUUCCCCCGCACCGGCGCCGGCAGCCACUUGCUUCCUCUCACCCCGGCCCACCCCAGCGAGGGGGCGGGGAGUGCGCGCUCUACCGAGCAUCCCGCCUCGCGCAGCUCCAGCUCCGAUGCCCCGUCGACGCACGCUCCCACGGCGCACAACGAUGAAAAUGAGCGGAGGGAGGAGCAGGAGCGCGAGCGGCUGCGUGGGCAGGAGGCGCGUAAGGAGGCCGACAAGGAGGCGAUAGAGUCCAUUCUGUCCGACCCGGAGCGGCAUCGGCGUGCCAUCGCCACCGGCUCCUCCAAUCCUCUGCACGUGUGGAGCCACGAGUCCGCCUUCGUGAAGUCGCGCUACUUCAGUUUGAGGCGCCGACGCGAUGAAAGGAAGUACGAGAAGCAAAACGAGCAGGCCGGGAAGUUCUAUGACGAGUACUUCGCCGCGGAGACGGCGCCGGACGCGGGUGUGUGGUCGCGUGGGUCGUCGGACCAGAGCCCCACCUCCUCUAGCAACGCCGUCCAGAAACGCCUGCUGGCGGACACCGCCGGCAAUGGCGGCAGCGGGGGCAAUGGAGGUAAUAAUAAUAAUAGGAAGGACGGGCGCAACAUCAGCUUUGGAAUGGGCAGCUACUACCUUCCCCCGGUGGAAGUCUCGCUGCUGGAGAAGAAGGACUCGUGGGCCCAGCAAGACCACUGCCGCACGCGCAACAUGAACGCACUGCACGCCUUCUCGUGGGAUCAGCGUGUGUUUCUGCCACAGCGCCAGGGCUUCUUUUCUCCCGUGUUCGACCUCCUCGCCUCUCCGCGGCUGUGGGAGAAGCUCGAUUGGACGAUUCGCGGCUCGGUGCUUACAAUUUUGCCGACGCUGAUCUUGUGCACGGAGCCGAGCACGCGGAAAAUCUUUCCGAUGCCGACCUCGGUGGUCUUCCUCGCCUACUGGACCACCCAGCCCACGCUCGGCGCCGGCUUGCGUGAGACGUUCAUCGUGCUGAAGGGGUUCUCCAUCAGUCUGGUGAUCCUCUUGAUCAUCAUCGCGAUCAACCCCGGUCCUUCAUGGGUGACGCUUAUUAUUCUCUUUUGCUGUCUCCUUGUCACGGGCUUCGUGGCGGAGCAGAUGAAGCGCACGGUCGCCUACUGCUUUGCAAGUUUGCUCAUGCAGUACAUCUCCUCGCGGGCGAACACGGGAUACAGAUUCGUCGGCAACUACUACGCGACGAUCCUGAUCGGGCAGGGAUUUGGCCUCGCGUCGUUCAUGUUCCCGUACAUUCGCUGGUCCAGCGAGAACGCGCGGCGCUACAUCGUCAUCACCGGCGACGCGGUCAGCCUCUCCGUGCACGGUGCGUGCUGCAGUUUCUGGGUCAAGAACAGUCUCCUAGAGCGUCAGCUGCACGUGGCACGUCUGCGACAGCUGCGGAGCACCAUCCAAGCGAGCAUGGCGAAGGCACAGCAAGGACUUUCGGAAAUGGGCUACGAGCCGCACUCAGGCGUCUACGCGGCGCGGCUUAAAACACGCAUGGCCUUCCUGAAGAACGUCUUCAACGUGGUGCAGUCCAUGACACUGGUGAUUGAGCAGGUGGGCGCCAACCCGGCGCUGGUGGAGACGCCGAUGUGCCGCGAGUUCGGCGAGCGCAUUCGCGAGGAGCUGAAUCUGAUCGCCUCCGCGAUGGACUCUAUCAUCCUGCGCAUCGUUGACUUGGACAACGUGGUGUCCGUGACGGACAUGACCGCCUUCCGACUGGCCCGGACGCGGUUCGAGGAGGCGGUCUCCAAUGUGCGCGAUGAGGUGAUUUUGAGCAACCCCGACUACCGCACCGACAACAGCGACAUCCUCCUCGGCUUCUUCCUCUUCAGUGUGGAGGAGCUGACGGAGACGAUCAGCAAGUUCGAGGACGCCGCCCAGCCACCGAGUAACCUGUGGUACUUCGUGACGUUCCCUCUGCGCGAUUUGCAGAGUAGCUGGGCGGCCUUCGUCGACCUGUACCACGCCAUCCGCAUCCGCCGCUCCAUCACGCGUCGACUGAAGGAGGCGAUUAAGCUGUCGGUGUGCAUCAUCGUCGCGGCCAUCUUUCAGGUGUACGGCUUGAAGAACGACGCGACAAGUCCGGUGGCGGGUGUAGAAAUCAUUGCCUUUGUGUACCGCGCCACGGGUGGGGAGAGCUUCCAGUACUCGACGCUGCGUAUGCUGGGCACGGUGCUGGGCUCCCUGACCGGUCUGCUCGCCGUGCAAAUCGCAAACGGCCGCCGCCCCACCCUGUACGGCUGCACACUCGUGUUGACCUUCAUCGGGUCCUAUGUGCAGGCGGCCCCCGACUACGGUGCGCUGGGCAGCGCCCUCGCCAACAGCGUCGUCUCCAUUGUUCUGCAGUAUAAGAGCCAGCCGAACGCGACGACGCGCAUCCAGCAGAACUGCUUUGCCAUUCUCAUCUAUUUUAUCAUUUCCUCGCUCAUUUGGCCCGUGCGGGGACGGACGAAGGUGAACACGGGGCUGGACAUGAGUCUGCGCAUGGCGCGGGAGGCGACGGACCGCCUACUGCGCAACCUCGACCUCCCCGACAGCGCCACCGCCGUCAGCGCCGAUGUGCUGGCGGUGCUGGGCGAGAUGCAAAAGAAGGUUUCUCAGCAGCUGUCGAACAUCCCCGGCGCGGUGGCCGAGCCCACAUUGGACUCGGUGGGCUUUCCGGAGAUGCCGUGGCGCAUGCUCGUCUCAGCGCAGCGCAAGCUGCUCGUGACGCUGCUCAUGAUGCGCCACGCCUACCACACCUUCAUGACGAGCACCAUCGCAGAUGUCGAGGGGUCGAGCGACAGGGACGGAAAGAGGGUGCUGGACAACGUCGACAUGAUCGGCGCCGGCCCUGCCGCGGCGACGAGCAUCUCGGUGCACUGGGUCGUGCUGCACCGCAUCUCCCCCCACACCCGUCACCUCAGCCAGCUCUUCUACGAGGCGGUGGAGGUGUACCUGCUGACGCUGUCCAAGGCGACCUUUGUGCCCACCGCCGAUCUUACCCGGCUGCGACUUGGCAUGAUGCAAUGCUAUGACCGUAUUGUGGCCGUGUACAUCGAGACAAUCCAGCGCGAGCUGAACACCAGCGAUUCAGAGGAGGGGGAGGAGGCGACGUCUGACGACGACGACGGCGGCGCGGACGGCGGUGACCCCACGACGACCGCAACCGCACCACCGCGAGGUGGCGACGGUACGCUGACGCUGGGGGCCGUUGCGGGCUUCGUGCCGCCGCCGGCAUCCACCUUCGCGCCGCACCCCACCACCGUCGGUGGCACCGCCGACGGCGUCGAUGCCGUUCAAAACAACAAGAGCAAUAACAGCAGCGUCAUGCGAGGCGGCAAGAAUCGCACCCUCUCCGCUGGCAACGUCCAUCGCACGAGCUCAAGCAUGGCGGGGCCGGCGCGGACUUCCUCCUCCCUCUCCAAGAAAGGGGCCGGCCACUUCUCAUAUAAGUUGACACCGGAGGAGCGGCAGCGGCUGCGGGAGUACGUUUUAGGCCCCAACAGCGCAGGAAUGGACAACAUGUCCUUCUUCUCGAACGCGGCAGCGAUGGCGGCGGCAGCCGAGCACAGAGGGGCCACCACCACCACCACCGCCGCAGAAGCGGCGACGGGGCCUCGUCCCAUCUCCCACCCGAACAGUCCUACCACUGACGGCCACCACGCCGGCCAUCCCGCGGCCCCCAACACCACCGGCUCCAACAACGCCAGCGUCGCCCACUCAAACGUGGGGAAUCGAACCUUCGCUGGCGGCUUCGUGUCCAACCGCAGUAUGCUGAACCCCACCGGCAGUUUUCGCAGCCGCAAUGCUAGCAUGCUCGACUCUGCCAUGCUGCGCAACGCGGGCAUUGUUCUGCAGGAGCCGGUUCACGAGGCGCCGCAGCACCGACACGACGGCAGCGAGUCGGGCGCCUUCUCCACCCUGCGCAACUCGUUCAUGCCACGCUCAGGCGGCGGCAAUCGCGGUCGGCGUUCGUCUCCUGCGGGCGGCAACCGUGAUGGAAACGAUCCUACAGGCGGCGGCGACGACGCGGACGGCAGUAGCAAUAAUGGUGCAGACGAGAACGCGGAGGCGGCGGCCCGCACCGUAUCGGAUCAGCUGUCUAUGCGAAGUGAGGGCGAGGGGUCGACCGUGCCGCCACCCCCACCGCAGCGCCGUCGCGGCUCCAGCCUUCUUCGCAGGUGGCACCACUCGUCCUCACCACACCAGUCGGCGCAGUUCACUGAACGGGACGAGGGAGGCGGCAGCGGCGGCGCUGCCGCCCCUUCGAUGCUAUCACAGGACCCUCACACCGCCAGCGCCCACCAAGGACUUACCGUGAAGAAGUCCAAGACGGCUAAGUACGCCGUGCCAUCGGUGCUGCAGAUGUCGAUGGUGCUGCCUGCUGGUGCCUACGCGCUCCGCAACCCGGAGGCAACGGCGGCCGCUGCAGCUGCUGGUACCACGACUACCGUCUCCCCGUCGUUUCACGCUGCCGUGCCUUCCGCUUCUCGACCGGAACCCCCCUCGGCGCAGAGUGCAGCUGGCACUGCGCCGUCCGCCCCGCCCUCGCCCACGACGACAUUGCUGAAUAACAACAGCAACCAGAGUUUUGUGUCCGCCGCCGCGGGAGUGACCGGCAUCGCGGCGGGUGAUGUCUUCUCGCUGGGCCGUGGUGCUCGAGCCCCUGCGCGGCCCGCGAGCCCGGUGGCGGCGACCGGGCCGACCGGCAAUGCGCACGGACCCACCGGGGCGGCGCCCCAUCCGCAUCCGCUGUCUACCGGUGAGGGAGAGGCAGAGGAUGACGGAGAGGGCCACCAGCGCACGCACAGAGGGACGCCACGCGCCUUCUCUAAUGCGCCGACCGCGGCGCCAUCGCAAAGUGCGGCUGCAUCUGCCUCUCCAACACACGCACGAGGGGCUGCCGAGCACGCAGCGGGCGACGCCCACGAGCCUUUUGCGGCGGACGGGCUCCCGCGGCAUCGCGAGGCCGAUCGGAGUGCCGACAGUGAAGUUCGAGGGAACGCAGACCCCCCUGGCGUGUUGGGUGCGGCGGGCUCGGGUCUGCUGAGUGGUCCCCUGCAGCAGCAGAUCGGCGCGACGGCGAGCACGAGCCCGCACGCGGCCCCGCCGGAGAGUCUCCUGCCCACGCCGAUCCCGGCCCCCGGCACGGGCAAUCCGCGCCUGACGAACAACAGUAUCCCACUGGCGGGGUUUCUCAACAACAGCUUCAGCGCCGCCGGCCCGGCCAUCCCUGCUGCGCUGCAGAACUACGUGGAGAGCUUGGCGGCGCAGCAACAGCAGCAGGUGCCUCCGCCGCCCGCCGUCCUCGGAAACAUGUCCUUCAUCGAUCUCGCCGCGAACUUACCGGUGGUGAACCGCUCCUUUUUGAGCGGUAACCUGGGUAAUGGAAGCGCUCUCAACAGCACCUUUGCGGGCCCCAGCGGUGGUGGUAGUGGUGGUGCUGGCGGGCGUAGCAACACGGCACAGCAGCCGAACUCUGUCCCCCUCGCGUCUGACCAUGCGAUCACGUCUUCUCCGCCGGCAGAGAGCGCGACGGCCCCGCCCGCGGUGUCCCCUCUGCUGCAGGACUCGAUUCAGGCCAACUUUAUGUCGCAGGUGAGUAAACUGGAGUUUAACAACGGCACCUUCAUCGGGCCCUCCCACGGCAACAAUCGCAGUAAAUCUGCAAACGGUGAUGCGGGCGCUCAUGAUGGUGGGCAGGCGCUGCUGAGUUUGCUGGAUGUCGGCGGCACCGGCGGCAGCGACGGCGACGGCGGUGACGAGUACGUGCUGACGAACAGCGACAUUCACAGCUUAGAGGCGUUCUUAUUCGGGCUGCGUGCCGUCAUUGUACAGGUCGAGGAGGUGGAGCGGUACUUGCUGGAGGUGGUGCACGGCAACGAGAUGGCGACGAAGCUCUAA